CUGUUCUCUAUCCCGUCGGCCACUAUGAUGUUUACCUACCGUCUGCUCGGCCUCGCGCUGACGCUCGUAACAUCAGUUCAUGCUUCAUCGCACUGCUCGGUUGAAGAUCUCAGUAAUUUCAUUUCUCAGAAUGACAACGCUGAGGUCUUAAUGGCCCAGUCUAUCAGCAGCAAUGGCAGUUUUGGAGAGGUGGGAAAUGUUGCCUAUCCCAAGAAUGCGACAUACUUGCCCUCCCUUUGCGUCGCGACAAUAAACGUGACGUCUUCUCCGACCUCAUCGUACACGUUUGGUGUUUUCCUCCCGGAUGACUGGAAUCAACGAUUUCUCGCUGUCGGCAACGGAGGAUUUUCCGGAGGCAUCAACUGGUAUGCCAUGGGCACAGGCGUCAAGUACGGUUUUGCAACCAUCUCCACAUCAACUGGUCACAACUCGACAGGCCAGGACAUGAGUUGGGCAAUCGGAAACCCGGAAACGAAAGCGGAUUGGGCUGGGCGCAGUUUGCACGGGUCAACGGUUCUAGCUAAACAGAUCGUGGAACAGUACUACGGGAGCGCAGCGAACAAAUCCUACUACUCAGGCUGCUCAACGGGAGGUCGGCAAGGUGUCAAGUCAGCGCAGGACCACCCAGAAGACUUUGAUGGGAUUCUGGCCGGCGCUCCAGCGUGGAUGUCCACAAGCCAGCAGCUUUGGCAGCUCAAAGUCGGCGCCAUCAACCUUCCUGUUGAUGGACCAGGAUACCUCCCAACUGCUUUGUUCAGCGUCAUCAGCCAAGAGGUCCUACGACAAUGCGACAAGUCUGAUGGUAUUUCUGAUGGAAUCAUCAUGAACCCUAAGCACUGCAACUUCCGACCAGAGAAAUUACUCUGCGCCCCCACCCCAGCUAACCAGUCAGCAUGUCUUACAGCCCCGCAAAUAUCGACGCUCAAGCAGAUGUACCUACCACUAAUCCAGUUCGACGCAGACGUCAACAAUCUGACAUAUCUCUACCCCAACUUCGGCCUCGGAUCCGAGCUUCAAAUGCCAGCCUCGUUCGGCACAAACAACGAACCGAGUCUAUACGGCACAGACUACGCAAAGAACUACAUUUUCGAUGAUCCAGAUUGGGACUGGCGAAUCAGUUUCAACUACUCCACUUUCGUCGAGGCAGGAAGACUCAACCCCGGAAACGUCAAUGCGGACAACUUCGACUUGUCUGGUUUCCACAGCCGCGGAGGCAAACUGAUCACGUAUCACGGUUAUGCAGAUGGUCUUAUCCCCACGGAUGUUAGCCAAGUGCUUUACGAUGAGACGUACAUGGCGAUGGCUCAGCAGGGCGUCAAUCUAGACGAGUUCUACCGUCUUUUCUUCGUUCCGGGGAUGCAGCAUUGUCAAGGGAGCGUGUACGACGCCCCUUGGUAUUUUGGUGCCAGCGACCAUGCAUCGAACCUAGAGACAAAUGGCCAGCAUAAGUUUCCUGUUCCUGGGGUUGACGAUGCGAAGCACGAUGCGUUACUUGCUUUGGUUGCGUGGGUGGAGGGCGGACAAGAGGUGGACCAACUGGUUGCAACCAAGUACGAGAAUGACACAGUUAGUAAUGGGGUCUUGCGACAGCGUCCGAUAUGCAAGUAUCCCGGUUUUGCGUCGUGGGAUGGGGAGGGAGAUGUGAAUGUUGCUUCUAGUUGGAGCUGCGUUGGGUAUGAUUCGUGAGAAGCAUUAGGCACAACACGUGGCUGGAGUAAACGUAUAAUGAAAGUAGGUAUCCAAUCAAAGUAUUGCAGAAUGAAACAUGUUCUCGCAGUCGACUCAAUGUCAACCAACAAUCUAAGCCCGAGACCUACGAAAGCUGAAACCCUACGACUAGCCCCGC